UGCACGCGCGCGCACAUACUUCUCCUUCCUGCAUCAUAGCCCGCUGUACCAUCGCACAUUUACGUAAGCCUACUCUCGUGAACAAGCUGACCUGUUGUAAAUGCUCGAGGAUCUUACAUCCCUUUGCAAGCACGCUGGCUGUAAAAUCAGUGGAAGAAAAAGUGAAGCCUCCACAGGAAAAUACUAGAACAUUAGACAGAGGAUUGGAUUAUUGAUAGGCUAAUUACCAGUUUACUUUAUUAAAGGUUUUGUUGUGGCAAGACAUUCCCUGGCUACAGGGCACAGACUGCCAUGCCAUUUGGUUGUCUGACACUCGGGGAGAAGAAGGAUUACAGCAAUCCCUCAGAGGUGGCCGACAAAUAUGACCUCGGACAAAUUGUUAAAUCAGAGGAGUUUUGUGAGAUAUUCCGGGCAAAGGAUAGGAACACCUUGAAAAUGUACACCUGUAAAAAGUUCCACAAAAAGGAUGGAAGGAAAGUGAGGAAAGCUGCCAAGAAUGAGAUAAUGAUCUUGAAGAUGAUAAAACAUCAUAACAUCCUCCAGCUGGUUGACACUUUUGAAACUAAGAAAGAGUACUUCCUUUUUCUGGAGCUCGCUACAGGCAGAGAGGUGUUUGACUGGAUCUUAGAUCAAGGAUACUACUCGGAGAGGGACACCAGCAAUGUAAUGAGGCAGGUGUUGGAAGCUGUAGCUUACCUUCACUCUCUGAAAAUUGUCCACAGAAAUAUUAAGCUGGAGAACUUGGUGUACUUUAAUCGUUUGAAGCACUCCAAAAUUGUUAUCAGUGACUUCCAGUUGGCAAAACUGGAAAAUGGACUCAUUAAGGACCCAUGUGGGACUCCAGAAUAUCUUGCUCCUGAGGUGGUUGGGAGGCAGAGAUAUGGACGACCUGUGGACUGUUGGGCCAUAGGUGUCACCAUGUAUAUACUUUUGUCUGGAAACCCUCCUUUCUAUGAUGAUGCUGAUGAAGACGAUGAUCGUGAUAAAAAUCUUUUCCUAAAGAUUUUGUCAGGAGACUAUGAAUUUGAUUCACCAUAUUGGGAUGACAUUUCAGAUUCUGCGAAACACUUAGUGGCAUCUUUGAUGGAAGUAGACCAAGAUCAGCGAUUGACUGCACAGGAAGCUAUUGCCCAUGAAUGGAUUUCUGGAAAUGCUGCUUCAGACAAGAACAUCAAGGAUGGCGUUUGUGCACAAAUAGAAAAGAACUUUGCCAAGGCCAAGUGGAAGAAAGCUGUUAGAGUGACCACCCUCAUGAAGAGACUUCGAGGGUCCGAGCAGGGGGAUAGUGGGGCCUCCGGUCUUGCUGUAGGGGCUGCAGCCGACUCCAACAAGCACAGCAGUGCUCCUGCUCCUCCAGGUGGCAGCAGCGGAGGUGUCGCUGCCAGUCUACAGGCUGUUCCAAGUGAAAAGGCUUCUGACACACAGACUGCCACCAUCUCUGCGCUCUCCCUGCCAAGUGCAGCCAGACAGGAAGAGCCGCCACGGGCCCCGUGCAAUGGCGAUGUUCCCCAAAUGUUGCCACAAAGAAAGGGAGAAUAGGCGUCAAACGAAUAUGAGAAGAAGACCCUUGCCAACCAAAAGCACAUGUGAAAUAAAGCCAAUACAUCUGGCAUGAUGAUACCACGUCUAUGCUGUUCGACUACCCCCCAGUUUGCUGAGUUAUUUCACAACAUCAUGCAUUUCAUCAUUUUUGCCUCCUGUAUAUUAGUCUAUUGAAUAGUGUUCUCCACUCUCCCUUGUUAUUUUGUGUUUGAGUCCCUUUAAAGCUAGUUGCAAAGUAGCUCUUCUUGUUUCCUUUUCCGUGAAAACUGUAAAAACUCAUAGUGCAAUUCGGUGAAUCUUCAGCUCAUCUUUAUUUAUUAGAUCAUUGUAUAUAGACUUAUUUGUCUGUUUCUACAAAUUGCUAGUUUUCAGCUUUCAAAACAUACAAUCCUGAGUUCAUGUCUUGACUUAACAUUAUAGGUUGAAAGAUUUGGUUAAUUGAUCAUAUCAAGAUUUGAAAAUAUUUUAAAUAUGAAAAUACUUUCCUGCAUGUUACAUAUAUUAAAUGCAUUUUAAAAAGGUAAAUUAACAAUGACACACUGAUUACUGUCUUUAAAAUAUUUGUAUAAGUUAUUACGUAACAAUUAGAUACAAUCGUGCAUUAGUGGAUUGAACUUAACACUUAUACUAGAUAUCUAUUUGUUUAUCUUCAGUGCAGUACAACAUCAGUCAAAUUACAAUCUUAAGGCAGCAAGAAAGCAUAUUUUUAAGUUAAAGUGCCUUAAUAUUUGUUGCAGUAAUGUAAUAAAAUGUUUCAAAAGAAACAACUUACAAAUUACUUACUGAUUUCUUUUAAAAUGUUUUAGCUGUUGCUCUUUUGCCCUUCUGUUCAGUUUUACGCUAAUGUAUUGAUACUUGUGUUCCGUCCUGUUUCACACUUCAAUUAAAACUGAAAACUAACUUUAGAGUGUUGUAUGUGGAGUGAUGUUUUAUUGUUGUAUUGCCACUUGUAAUAAGUCAAUUUCAGAGAUUAUAGCCGAGUCCAUACACUGCACCACUAUGUAUUUUUGCAUUGGAUAAUGUGUUGUUUUUUUUAACGUGUGAAUUUAGCAACAUUUAGCUGAGCUAACAGGUUGCUACAACGCUUGUGAAUGAAUAAAAUGAGCAAUACU